AUGUUGCAGUGGCAAGAAUUGCAAACAAAAGUCCGUAGCACACUCGGCCGUACAUGGACAGAACGCACCUUGGAAGCCUGCGUACUAAAUUUAUGGAGCAGGGAUAAACUGAUGGGGCACAAGAAAACGGAUCCGCGAUACACAGCUCUCUUGAAUUAUGCUAAACAGCAUUUGCCCGAUAAUUCCGAAUUGAAGCUCUCGCAGGAUAUUACGCGAAUAUUAAAAUUGAGACUGAAGAGACCAAAAGACAAGGAUAUUCAACCGGACCAGAAUGCCAUAGCUGCGACGAUUUUUCAGUGUUAUGGAUUAAAAGACAUGAAACUCAAUCAAACCAUACUCUUCAUGGCACGAGCUGGGAGCGAUUGCUUCGAUUAUCUGGGCGACGGUCAUAAAUGCCUAUCGAGCAUCCGAUAUCGAAAUGUACUUACAGCUACAUAG